AGAACCGCGGAACCUGAUGUUUUAUCAGCUUUAGUCAACCCGAUGGCGUCACUCCAGCCUUUCAUCCGGCGCAUGCGCAUUCUACACUGAGGAGGAAGAUGGCGGAUGUUUCUUUGGAUGAGCUGAUCCGUCGCCGCGGCGCUAAGAGGCCGACAUUUGGGAGAGGAGCGGGCACAGCGGGGAGAGGGGCAGGUUUGGCAGGCAGAGGGGCAGGGAUGGUGGGCAGGACGUUUGAUGCCAGACAGAAGAUUGGCACCAGUGAUGUGAGACAGAGACUAGGAGGGAGCGGAGUGUUCCAGGUGAAGGAUGCACGGGAGCGCUUGGGGCAGAAGGACGCACGUUUCCGUAUUUGGGGUAGAGGGGGCACUGUGAGCGCAGUGCAAGACGCCAGACAGACCAUAAACUCCCGCAAACAACAGCAGCAACAACCGGAACCCCCAACAACCAGCAGCCAGCACACGCCUAUACCCCACAUCCACAUCCACAACACCUCUCCAGUCAGCACCACCACCAGGGCCUUUCCCACCAAUCAAGGACUUAACUCCAAAGUGAGUGUGGCCAUCCAGCCCAGAGGUGGGCUCACGAAAGUGGUGGAUGCACGGGAUAGGCUGAGUUUGAAGAGGAGUAUCUCAUCACUCAAUCAGGGACCAGCAGCUCCACUUAAGAUCACUAAAACCAUCCAGAGGCCUGUGGGUAUGACCAGUGGAAUCCGUAUAAAUGUCCCCGGCAGAGCAGCUCAGGCUCUCUCCACUGAAGAUGAUGAUGGUGGUGCCAUUCCUAGUAAACAGAUGAAGAUCACCACAGCCAAUAACAUGGCACAGACACGAGCGAGUGUAGGUGCAUCAUUCUCCAUGUCCACUCCCAUCACUAAGGUGGUAAAGAAUGACUCUUAUACAGCCCCGUCCCCUCCCACCCCUGUUGCUGUGCCACCCACUCGUCCCAGCACCCGUCCACCCGCACAGACCCUGCAGCCCGUCUCGAGGACGAUGGUUACUGGGCAUCGAGCUAGUGGAAAUGGCAGUACUCAGUCUGCGCCUCCACAGCCGGUGUUCAGUCCAUUGGAAGGAACCAAAAUCACAGUGAAUAAUCUGCACCCACGUGUCACAGAGGAGGACAUAGUGGAGCUGUUCUGUGUGUGUGGAGCGCUGAAGAGAGCAAGGCUGGUGAAGGUGGGAGUGGCUGAGGUGGUGUUUGUGCGGAAAGAUGAUGCUAUCAGCGCCUACAGGAAGUACAACAACCGCUGUCUGGAUGGUCAGCCAAUGAAGUGUAAUCUGCACAUACAGGGCAAUGUGAUUACAUCAGACCAACCAAUCCUGCUGAGGUUGAGUGACUCUCCUGCAGGGAGCACGACCGCCGCCACCAGCAGCAAGAAGGAUGGUCUGCCGGCGUCUCUUUCCCGUUCUCGCUCCAGUGCUCCCCAGGCUGAGGUGGAUCCACAAACCAUCCUAAAGGCUCUGUUCAAAUCCUCCACUCAGAGCACAUCCACCACAGAGCCAGCAACUGCAAAUCCUACAGCCUUCCGCAUCAAAAUUUAACACACCAAACAACCCGGCCUUUCUACUCAUGAUAAAACAAGUCACAGCACAUACACUGAACCACUCAAGCACUGGCUGAAAUUUAAAACACAUUGUGUUAUAUUAAGUUGAUUUAAAACACUUCUUCACACUUCUUUAUAGGGAGGGAAAGUGCAGACCUAUGCCAUUACCAUCUGCUGUUUGCGUUCAAAACAUCUAAAAUUGCUAUUAAAUUUCCUUACAGUCGAAUUUUUUAUAACGGAUUAGAAAUCACUUAAUGCUGAACCCCCUCCCCCCAUAUAAACACAAUGCACAUGAAUACUAUAUAACAGCAGAUCAUUCUGCUGAGCAAUAUAACAUCUAUAAAUUAACUCCAAAACUCAUGGCUGGCUAAAGUUUGGGAAAACUUUAGUGGUAUUUCAGCUAUUUUGAUGUUUGAAAUAGUUGUAUGCAAAAAUUUGGGUGGCUGUGGUCAAAUUCUGUGUUUUCUUGAUUGUUUUAAAGAGAAAAGUUAACACGUUAACAAAUGCACACUGCAUUUUUUAUGCACAAUAUUUAUUUGCUGAAUUUAUCAUUUUAGGGAAUAAAAAAAAUGUGGCCACACUUUUUUUUUUAAUAUGUUAAACCCAGCAAGAAAUAGACAUUGUGCACUGAAAUUUUCAUUAAAAAUGCUAUAUUUAAGUUCCCUGUGGAGGAUGUUUUAACUUACUGUCAAUCAAACAUGUAAUUUGACCUGGGGUCUUCAAAUCAUACAACUCUAUAGUUCCAAAUAAAAAAUUAUUAUAGGGGUAGCGUGGCAUUUCAUGUGGUACAACCUGUAAAGUAUACAUUGCCUCCAAUUCAGCAUCAGCCUACAUUUUGAAAAGAACAGGCAGGGGCAAUCUGACCACUUUCCUUCCCAAUAUCCAGCAAGAAGCCAACACCAUUGAUGGAUGCGCAUCAUCUGUGCAUUGUCCUAUAGGAACAGUGAUGUGGAGUGUAUUGCGUGUGUGUUUUUUUGUUUGUUUUUUUGGGGGGGUGGGGGGGGGUGAUGUUUCAGAGAUUUGUUUGUGUCCUGCGCUGUUCAGUUUUGGUUCUCAUUGAAGAUAGACAGCCACAUGACAAUCCCCAAAAGUGUUUUUUGUUUUUUUCCUUUAGUUUUUAACAUUUUGUUUUUAAUAGUCCAGCCACUAAUAAAAUGUCUCAUUUAUAUAUACACACACAUACCCAUGACGGUGGAUAAGCUGUCGAUGAUUUUUGAUGUACAUGCUGUGUAUAAAGCCUCUGUUAGUCUUUUGUGUUCAGGAGGAGGCAGCUGUGUCCCACUCCUCUUCCUUUGGUUUCUCAAUAGUGUAUGGUUUGCUCGUCACUGGCUGUGGAGCUUCUGUGUUGGCGGUUUGGGGCACGGUUCCAAACCUGUUAAACUGGGAUUACAGCUGUUUGUCCUGUGGCCAGUUGCCGCCACACCUUUUUUCUGGAAUUUUUUUUCUGUUUCUUCAUUUUUGUUUUUGGCAGUAAAUCUUUUGCUUUGUACGUGAUGGUGUGAUGUCAUUAUUUGUUUCAGUAAAGCUUUGUUUCACCCUG